AAAUGAAGUAUAGAAAUAAAAUUUAAUAGUUACAAACAAUAAAGUGCUCACAGAAAAAUAUAUUUAUUUACGAAAUGGACAUAAUAAAAGCUGAAAUUGCUAGAAAGCGAAAAUUACUUGAGGAAAAGCAACUUGUGGACGAUAAGAAGAAAUAUUUCAAACGUGGUGAACUCAUUGCUAAGAACACAGAAGAAAUUCUACAAAAAGUUGGUUAUAAAAAGCAAGAAAGUCGCGAGGAAGACCAAGUUCAGGAAGGACACUACAGCUAUGUCUCGGACGGACAAAAUAUACUACCACGCUCGGAAGUCAUACGUCGUUUGCGAGAACGUGGCGAACCUAUACUUAUAUUUGGUGAAACAGAAUCGGACGCGUUCCAUCGUUUGCGCCAAUGCGAAAUAUCACAGCCUGAAACCAAUCGUGGAUUCCGUAAUGAUUUCCAGGAGGCUAUGGAACAGGUAGAUCAAGCAUACUUGCAAGAAAUGUUUGCCAACACACCAACCGCUAAAGAGGAACAAAAGUCCGAUCUUGCCGAAUUAGACGAGACAGUCUCAUGGGAGAGCAUAAAAGAGAGUGCCAUUAAAAUGGGACGUGGAAACAAAGAAUACGAUAUGGAUGUUAUAAUAACUUUACUCACGUUUUUAUUAAAAAUGUGGAAUGACCAAAUUGCUUCGUACUCAAAACAGGAAAUUAUGUCUACCAAAACCAAAAUGGCUCGUGUAAUCUUCACACAGACCCGUGAGUAUGUCAAACCGUUAUUCCGCAAGCUGAAGCAUCAUACGCUGCCCGAGGAUAUAUUGGAUAGUUUACGUGACAUUUGUAAGCGCCUACUGAAUCGUGAUUACAUUACGGCGAGCGAUGCUUACCUAGAGAUGGCUAUAGGCAAUGCACCCUGGCCUAUCGGUGUGACUAUGGUGGGUAUUCACGCACGUACCGGACGUGAAAAGAUUUUCUCCAAAAACGUAGCGCAUGUAAUGAACGAUGAAACACAACGAAAGUACAUACAGGGCUUAAAACGAUUGAUGACUAAAUGCCAAGAGUACUUCCCAACUGAUCCCUCAAAAUGUGUAGAGUAUGUAAGCAAAAAAGAUCGCAUAUAAACAGCAACAUUCUAAAUGCUCUUACACUCACAAAUGUUUAUUUAAUUUGCUAAAAUGUAAGAUUAGUUGUAAUUAUUCAAUAUACACUCAAUAAAGGCUUGCAAAUCUGCAUUAUUAUUUUUAACUAUAAA